UGUGUGCAACUCUGUUUUGUGUCCGGUGGGCUCUGUUGAAAGUCAUGGCAGGUCCUGAUCUGAUAAAAACUCUUCUGUACACCGUCAAUAAUCUUCUUCAGCAGGAGAAGUACAAAGCGGCAUUGGCCGUGUUGAAAGGAUUCAGAAAUGGCGCCGUAUAUGGGGCCAAAAUCAGAGCUCCUCAUGCUCUUGUUAUGACACUCCUAUUCAGAAGUGGCAGUUUGAAAGAUAAGCUCAGAGCCAUUUUGAAGGCCACGUACACCCACUCCCGAAACCUGGCGUACUUUGUGUUCACAUACAAAGGACUGCAAGCCCUGCAGGAGAAGUGCCAGGGGAAGAGUUUGCAGUCUCACUCCUUUCUGGCCGCCUGUGUUGGCGGCUGGUUAGUGUUUGGAAAUAACAACAACAUCAAUAGCCAGAUCAACAUGUACUUGCUGUCCAGGAUCCUGUUCGCCCUGUCUCGGCUGGCUGUGGAGAAAGGGUUCAUCCCCCAGCCUAAACACGACCCCUUCCCUCUCUUUGCCACGCUGGUGUGGGGUGUUGUGUUGUGGCUGUUUGAAUAUUACCCUCACACCCUCCAGCCCUCCCUGCAGUCCUCCAUGAACUACCUCUACCACGACAGCAACGUAUGGCACGACAUAACGGACUUCCUUGUUUAUAAUAAACCAAGGAUUGCUCCUUAGACAUUUUUUUUUCAGUAUGGACCAGCUUUCUACAUCACAUGAUUUGCAUUCUUAUUUUUUAUAAUUAUUAAUAUUCCAUAUUAUUGAAUGUUGCCUUUUUAAUUUAUUGAUGAAUGGUUUGUUCUGUAGGAUUUUUGUAGAAUACUUAGACAUAAAAAGAUACCCUGUGUGUCAAAUAACUCAAAAUUCCUUUUCUAUUUAACAAAAUCUGCCUUAAAUCUAUAUCUACUCAACAUGAUUAUUUUUCUGCUGAUAUUUUGUGUGAUUGUACCUUUGUCUGAUUUAAAUUUAUAGGGUUGUGUCACUUUAUUAAACUGCUUCAGAAUAAAAGACAAAAUGAGGUUCAAUGCAAAACAGGCUGACAUUUUAUCUGUUGUGAAAUUGCUGUUACACAAAGAUGUUAUAUUAUGUUUGUAGCGGCGAUCGCACAUCAAAAAAGGCCACUCAUGGAGGUUAGCAGUCAGAGUUUCCAACGCGUGUUGUGGUGAAGGAUGAGGUCCACCAUGACGUAAUUUGUAAUGCUUUAUUUCUUUCUCCAAGGUUAAAAUGUUCUUUUACGACUCACGUAGGCCUAUCUAAAAUCUUGGUUAAAACAUAACGAUCACGCACACGCUCAGACACAAACAAUCACGGUUGAAAAACGUGUGGCUUCCUCUCUAACCUCUCAUCCCAGCUGAUCACCCGUGCCCACACAUAUAGGUUAAUUAUCUCCCGUGCUCCCAGGUGCGCAGAUUGGAUGAUGACGCGUUCACACACACAUAGACAAACCCCGUGCACAACCCAAAGCAAAUUGUCUCCAACAAUGUUGUAUCAAGUGAUUUGGUAAAAAAUGAUACUUCUUCCAUUGAACCCACACAUUAUUACUGAUAUUAAACAAUGGAGUUUUAA